AUGCAGAACUACAAGUACGACAAAGCCAUCGCCCCGGAGAGCAAGAACGGCGGCAGCCCGGCCCUCAACAACAACCCGGCCAAGGGCAGCACCAAGAAAGUGCUGCUCAUCUUCCUCGACCUCUUCUGCCUCUUCAUGGCUGGCUUGCCCUUCCUGAUCAUUGAAACCAGCACGAUUCCACCGUAUAAGCGGGGCUUCUACUGUAACGACGACAGCAUCAAGUACCCUUUGAAAACAGGCGAGACGAUUAAUGACGCCGUGCUCUGCGCUGCAGGCAUUCUCAUCGCCAUCCUCGCUAUCAUCACAGGAGAGUGUUACCGGAUCCGCUAUUUGAAGGAGAAAUCAAGAUCCUUCAUCACAAACCCGUAUGUGGCAGCUCUGUACAAACAAGUGGGAUGUUUUGCCUUUGGCUGUGCCAUCAGCCAGUCCUUCACAGACAUUGCCAAAGUGUCCGUUGGACGGUUGCGACCUCAUUUCCUGGAAGUUUGCGAUCCAGUUUAUUCAGAAAGUGACUGCACUAAAGGUUACAUUCAAAACUACACCUGCAGAGGAAAUGAGAGCAAAGUCCAGGAAGCCAGGAAAUCCUUUUUCUCUGGCCAUGCCUCCUUCUCACUCUAUACCAUGCUUUAUUUGGUGUUAUAUCUGCAGGCCAGGUUUACGUGGAGAGGAGCCCGCCUGCUACGUCCCCUUCUGCAGUUCACCCUCAUCAUGAUGGCAUUUUACACAGGACUGUCCCGUGUGUCUGACCACAAGCAUCACCCUACGGAUGUGCUGGCAGGGUUUGCACAAGGAGCCCUGGUGGCUUACUGCAUAGUGUUUUACGUCUCAGACCUCUUCAAGCCCAAGAUGAAGACUUCUCUGCCUCCUCCUCCUCCAACACGGAAGGACAUUCUUUCAUCUGUGGACAUCAUUGAACGGAACAAUCACCACAAUAUGGUGUAGACCAUUGAAAAACCUGGUCUUUUUUAUAUUUUAAUUUUAUUUUUAAAUUUUUUUUUGUUGCAAAAAUGACUGCUGACAGCAACUACCUGCUGCUCUCAAAUCUCAUCAGACAGUAGAAUGUAGGGAGAGACUUUCUUGCCCAACCAGUAAGGUCUAACUCUGUGGCCUUUUCACUUGCAACAUUUGCAUGAAAUAGGUGGUGUUCAAAUAAAAUUAAAAAAAACAAAAAACAGUGAAAAAGGAAAAAAAUAGUGGUGCCGGAGUUCUGGAUGUGCAAUUGGUUGAGUGUUCAUGUUAUAGUGAACACCAAAUUGUUCAUAGCGUAAUGAACACUAAAUGAUUAUGUGAAGCCGGCCAGCGUUUUUACUAUGAAUAUUUCCAAUGCCUGUAAGAAAAAAAGAAACUCACAACUAAAAUGAUAUAGCACUAUAUACAAGAAACAGCACUGAUUCAAGAUUUGGGAUUGGUCUAUACGAGUUGCUAUUUUUGUUCGCAUUAAUAUUGGUUUACUCAACUCCGUUCCAUACUGUGACUUAGUUUAGAAGUUUGCCCUCGCAAAGGUGUCUGAAGGGUGUCUGCUCACACUAUACAAGUUAAAAAAAGUUAACACUAUAAGAGAUUUCCACAACAGACUGAACGCGAAUGAAUCCAUCAUCCAGUUAGACCCCAAAUCUCUUCAUUUCCAUCGUAUCCCCCGUGACAGAACUGCAUGAGGCAUCAAGCACACACAGAAGCAACAAAUGGUCUAAUAAAACACAAAAAAACCUUCCUUCGUUUCCCUUCACCCCUACAAGUUGCAGCAGAAUUUUCUUUGCUAUUAUUGCUGCCGCCCUUGGGAGUGCAUGUCAUGUAAAAUGUUAGUGGUUGGACUUAUUGAAGAUAUGUUAGCACUAUGUACUUGGGAUUGAGUCCCAGGGAACAUUGGUUCUGCAGUUUUGGGACGGGCUGCUGGGCGGAACGUCCCAGCCUGGAUUUCAGUCAGUUUGUGCAUUCCCCUCAACGCCUGUGGGUAGUGCCAUGGUAUAAGCCAUUCAAUAGGCCAAAUUCUGUCUUCCGCUACACCAGUGGUAAAUCAAGAAGGUGUACAUGAGAGUGGGGUUUUUACCCUGCAACCCUAGUUCUUUGGCUUUCUGAUGGAAAUUAAAGCU